UUUAAGAUUGAACUUAGUUGUUAUGUUGACAUACUUUAUAUGAUUAGUUUUUCGUAGUAUGUGCAUACAAAGCGAUCCCUUUUGAACGUUGCUGUAUAUACACGCGAUUCACUAAUUUGAAAUUUGUGUGAUAAAAACGUGCCGUACGACCUGUGCGGACUUCCAAUGAAGAGAACAAGUAGCAUAUAGAGGGAGGUUUGAUGUCUGAAAAAUGGAGCCUAUGACCUUAGGAUCCCCUGUUGGUAGUCCCGUUCAAGCACCAGGAAGUCCGGGAACUUCGGCAUACUUGCCUAGCUUUCUUCUCGGUGAUUCGAGCACUCCUGCCAGAUUAGGGAUAGUUAAUCCUCAUGACACUUCAAGAUAUUCUGGUGGAUUAAAUUUACAAUCUCCAGGAUCACUUUAUGGAUCACCGGAGUAUCGAAUUAAUAGACAAAAAGCUAUGUUUGGUAAUGUGACUAGUCCAUCAGGAACACAGAUUAAUGCCGAAAGUCACACUGGUGGUCCACCAACGAGAGGAUUAUUUGAUACUUUAGAAACUACGCAUUCAAAUACUCCGUACACGCCAACACCUGCUCAAAAACUUAGUUCCGGGCAAUCUAGACUACUUUCGGGUAAUGCAAGCAAUUCCUUUUACUUGGAUACAUCCAUAAAUCCAACGAGUGAAUCUUCUCAAGGGCUUCUUCAGUGGGUGACAAUCUUCGGCUUUCCUCCUAGUGCCAUUAAUGCAGUUUUAUCUCAUAUAUCUAGUAGAGUACGUAUAGUGGACAAACAUCCUGCUCCCCAUGCGCAAAGUAAUUGGAUACAUUUAAAGUGCGCGUCGGAACAAGAAGCUCAGAGGGCAUUAGCAUGUAAUGGCAAUAUCAUAUCUGGUUCAAUCAUGAUUGGUGUUAUUCCUUGUGCCGAUGAAGGUGUUAUCUUAGGAAGUGAUAAGGAAAAUCAUAUGAAGCUAAAUGGGAGUAUGCGCCUAUUCUCUACUUCAGGCAGAGUAAAUCCUAUGUCUCCAGAAAGUAGCAGUAUGCCCCGAACCCCUGUUAGAAUACAGAAUGCGCGACCGUUAGCUGCAGGAUAUAAUCAUCAUUUAAGUCCACAAUCAGUGAAAUCACCAGAAAACAUUCCUCAACGUUCCACCAGUAUUGUUUCUAAAGCAAUGGAAUAUGUCUUUGGUUGGUAGCUAACGCAAUUAGUGAAACAAUUGAUGGUACAUAUUGCUUUACAAGCAUCAUAAUGUUUUGAAAGUGAUUAAAACCCAGAGGUGUGCCUUCUAUUUUUUAUCAAUUUGUGACAGCGUUCAGUGUUGCUUUGUUAUCAGCACAGUAAAAAUCAUUUAAAUACGUAUGACAAGAAACAUUAAUGUACAUUGCUGAAAUCCUAUAAGAACAGCAUAUGUUACUUAUAUUAACAGACUUUAUUCUUUUGGAGUAUUGUAAUGAUGAAUUUUGACAAAACUUAUCUCUUUAGCGUAUCUUUUAUUAAAAAUGUUUAUACAAUGUACCUCAUUCACACCAUAUUUCAUAUGCUAUAACAGGGAUUAAGUAUUUAUAUAUAUAUCUUAGAAACAAUCUACGACAUUAAUUUCCUAAAAGUGAAAUUACAAUUUCAACUCUAAUUAUAGCUCUAAUUAUUGAAAACCAUCAAGUUUAAAGAUCAAUUAUCAACAUUAAUUUGUUUUCUCAGUUAUAAUAGACAUGUUUAUAUCUUGAACAAAAGUAACCAAUAAUUUGUAAUUUUAGUACUUUUAGCCAAUAGUAUUUUUGAAAGAAAUCACAUUCAAUACAUAACAUAUGUUUUUAGGCAAAAUAUGAAAUCUAAACAAUUUAUAUCGAGAUUAUAAGGGCGCCAAAAUGUAACUUGAUUUAAUGUAAAGGGAUUCACUGACCUUUUGACUACUCAUUCAAUUGUAAAAUAACACCCCAUUUCAGACAAUUCUAUUACUAUCAAAAAGUAUUAUUCAAUAAAAAUCAUAUGCAAUUUUUUU